AUGGAGGCACACGUGGAUGCCUCCUUCCUCAUCACAAUAACCAAUCACCAACCAACCGGGGACCAGGACGUUGUGAUUCCUCCUUUUGACGAUGUUCCUCCGAGCAGCCACUCACUGCUCAUGAUGCCAGUGCUGUCGUUCGUGAUGGGGUUGGUGAGCAGCUUCCGCCCCUCGUCUUCAUUCAGCCCCCACUUUCCUGCAAAGGAGCGGGCUGUGCUUCCACUCACAGCCAUCAAGCAACAUCAGUUUCGAGUUCAAAACCUUGUGGUCCAACACGCGGUAAGCCUUGCACGUACAGAGCAGAGAGGAUGCUGCUGAAAUGUUUUGCCCACCUCGCUUCUUCUGCUGCAGACCUCGAGCACAGACGUAGACGAGGAGGCUCUCGAAAUUCCCCCUUUCAGCCUCCUUGGCUACCAGCACAAGAUAUACAAGACAUUCGGCGACCCGGCAGGGUGCGAUGGGCAGAUCGAAUAUGCCGUGGAGGCUGGCUACGUCCCAGUUAUCCCUCCUGGCUUGGCGGCUCCGACUGCGACACAACGCUGA